CAGACUCGUACACUAUGGCUGAGCAGAUGGCCAAGAAGCUCUGGGGCGGCCGCUUCACCACGGGCACCGACCCUUUGAUGUGGGAGUUCAACCAGUGCCUCUCGUACGACAAGGCGCUCUACGCCGUCGACGUCGCAGGGUCCAAGGCGUACGCGCUCGCCCUGUCCAAGACCGAGCCGCCCAUCCUCACGGCGCACGAGCUGUCCGAGAUCCACCGCGGCCUCGACCAGGUCCAGCACGAGUGGGAGAACGGCUCGUUCGAGAUCAAGCAGGACGACGAGGACAUCCACACGGCCAACGAGCGUCGCCUGAGCGAGGUCAUCGGCAAGGAGAUCGGCGGCAAGCUGCACACGGGCCGCAGCCGGAACGACCAGGUCGCGACCGACAUGCGCCUGUGGCUCAUGCAGGAGGUCAAGAAGGACAUUGAGUGGAUCCAGGGCGUCGUCGGUAUCCUGUCGGUCAAGGCCGAGGAGUGGAUCGACCACCUCGCCGCCGGGUUCACCCACCUUCAGCGCGCGCAACCUAUCCGCUUCUCGCACUUCCUUCUCGCCCACGCUCACUCGUUCGCCGGCGACCUCGACCGUUUCCGUGACCUCCUUCCUCGUGUCUCGACCCUUCCUCUCGGCUCGGGCGCCCUCGCCGGCAACCCCUUUUGCGUCGACCGCGAGCUCCUCCGCUCCGAGCUUGGCUUCAACUCGAUCGGCGGCAACUCGAUGCAGUCGGUCGCCGACCGCGACUUUGUCGCCGAGUACCUCUUUGCGUGCUCCCUCCUCAUGGUCCACAUCUCGCGCCUCGCCGAGGACCUCAUCAUCUACUCGUCGAGCGAGUUCAGCUGGGUCGUCUGCGGCGAUGCUUACAGCACCGGCUCGUCGAUCAUGCCGCAGAAGAAGAACCCGGACGCGUGCGAGCUUCUUCGUGGCAAGAGCGGGCGCACGGUCGGCCAGCUCGCCGGCUUCCUCACGACGCUCAAGGGCCUCCCGGCGACCUACAACAAGGACCUCCAGGAGUCGCAGGAGCCCAUGUUCGACGCCGCCGAGACGGUCGGCAAGAGCCUGCGCAUCCUCCAGGGUGUCAUCUCGACCCUCAAGGUCUUCCCCGAGAACAUGAAGAAGAGCUUGACGCCCGACAUGCUCGCGACCGACCUGGCCGAGUACCUCGUCCGCCGUGGGAUUCCCUUCCGCGAGACGCACCACAUCUCGGGCUCGUGCAUCCGCCUUUCGGAGGAGGCCGGCGUCCCUCUCUCGGAGCUCACGCUCGAGCAGUUCAAGUCGGUCUCGCCGCACUUUGGCGACGACGUGCACGACGUGUUCAACUUCGAGACGAGCGUCGAGCGCCGCGACGCCAAGGGCGGCACGAGUCGUCGCGCCGUGCUCGAGCAGGUCGAGGAGCUCAAGAAGAAGCUCGUCGCGACUGCGCAGGAAUAGACGGGCGGGGCUGGUGGAGGGUUUGUACAGUCGAGUCGCAACGCGGACAUCGUUCAUCGCGGGACUCGAUGGCGACCUCGCCGCAGCGCCUCGAGAUGCCUUCCCUCCCUUCC